UCACGAGAUAUUUAUUGGAAUUGUUUGUGACGACGAAGGAGACAAAUUUUGAAUAACAAUUAAAGGAUCCUUAAAGAUAAAAUAUUAGUUUUGCUCAAGAUGGAUAAAAUGAUAAUUAUAAUGUUUUCUCACGGCAUAAAAACUCACUUAGAACAAGAGGAACAAGUGAGUGGACAAUUAAAAUAUCUCUCAACCCGACAUACAGAGUUGGAAUCGAGUUCCAUUGACAGAGUAACAGACGUUGUUACCAAUUUUAUUCGAAACCAAGAGAGUCCAGCAUAUAACGGAAUGUAUAACAUUAAGAUAUUUACUGAAGACAGUAAUUUUGAGAGGCAAAAUAUCCGGCUGUUCGCCACGUUUUACAAUUAUUUUCUUUUGAAUACGAAUUUUUCCACGCAGAAUCUUCUCAGCAACGACAUGAUAUUCGGCAAAAUAGUCGGUUUGUGGCCUACUCUGUCACCUUAUCUCUUCAUACAGAUAAUAUGGCACUUGAAGUGCGAGGACUUGUUGAUUGAAUCGUUUACGCACAUACCAUUGGAUGUAUGUGCAGAAAUCUUGGAGAUAAUAAUCACACACAUACAUGAACUGUCAAUUCGACGAGCUAGACGCCUUAUGUUCCUCCUGAUCUAUAAAAUAUACAAUAAAUGCCUGUGGUUGCAUUUAGGCACUGUGUCAGAACAAAAUGUAAAAAUGCGCGUCGACCAAUUAAUAACGUACUUUGAAGUAAUGCUAGACACGCUUAGCAGUUCCAACUUUGUUACUUUCCGUUCGUCACUCAAGAAAUACUUUCAACAUGGUAUUUUACUGAAGAACAUACUUCACUAUAUCAAGAAAUGUAUGCACAGCCAAAUUAAAAGUUAUUCGGAGAAUCAUAAUCUAGUAAAACUAUUCAGGCUUACGUACGGUAAGUUCAAUGGCUGUAUGAAUUGUUAUCACAAGCUUCCUGCCAACGAAGUAAAAUCCAUUAUAACAAGAUUAAACCAGAAGCUGAUCGCUUGGCUUCUGAAUCAGAUCAAGGACGUUGAAUAUUCUGAAUUCAUAGCCUGGGGAAACGUUAAUGAUAAUGAAAACACUAUGAUGUCGCUGCAACGUGCUAUUAUCUUGGAAUACCACUGUUUUAUGGAGUUUAUGAAGCAGAAUAAAUUUUUGACGAUAAACGAAGAUUUGCCUCGUUAUCUGGAGAGAUUUGUAUGUCCAAGAAAACCCGAAGAGUCUAUCUUAACUCUUCGAGAACUCUGUCACGAGAUCGCCAGAGGCAAACGGUACGGUGUGAAAGAAUUGAUUAAACGUUAUAAAGAGUGGGACCUGUCUAUAUUGAAUUUUAUCAACGAAAACGAAAGAAUAGAAUCUUUUAGAAUUAAUGAAAUUUAUGUUGUACUUGAAUAUCUUCAUUAUUCAUUCACAUAUCUGCAUACAAGGACAGAAAAGUAUCGGACGUACGUGUCGGUAUUGAAAAUAUUAAUUCAGCUAACAGUGAAGGACAUGCAUAGUACUGUACAAAAUUAUGUGGAGCAGCACUUUGAUGACAAUCCUUUAGAAAAUCUGUACGAUGAAAGAUGUUUCGUGGAAUUCGUAGAGAAUAUUUCGAGAAAUGAAACUAUUGACAUCGAUGAUUCGGUUAUAACUCAAGAAUUGCGUACUUUAUUGAUAUUUAUUCUGUUAAACCCGAAGGAUGUUUUAAGUAAAUGUGUGAUGUAUGAAAUAGCCAAUGAAUUCUCCGAUUUUAUGUUCCGGGCCAACAUGUCAUUAAUGCGAUCGUAUUACUGUCUGACGUGGAAACAGAACAAUCUGCUGGUGUAUAUACUGAAGGACAUACUUUUCCAACAGCGCGUAGUAUUGUGUGAUCGUUUUAAAGAUUUUCUGGAGAGAGCGAUGGACUUACAGAUGAUAACUGCGGACGAUAUACUUAACGAACUUUAUGUUAAUUACCUAGUUAGUAAUGAUUGCAAGCUGAACACCAUGUAUGUUAUAUUACAACAUGUGUUCACUAUCGUGUAUAGACAACUUUACUCGUUCAGAACUCAAUUUGAACCGCUAAUAACAGCAUUGCUGAGAACGCUGUCACAUUUAAGGAGAUGCAACAAAACGUUUCCAAGAAUCAUGUUAAUUAAUCAGAUAGAGCUUAUAAAUAAAAUACUGGAGCAUUUGUACUUAUUGAAAGUAUUGACAGAUGAGCAGCGCUAUAUAAUGCACUUAAACGGCGUGGAGCCGCUUGAGAUGAAUAAGAUAUGGCCUACUAUGACUGCGUUGGAAAUAAUCGAGCAAUACGAGGCACGUUGCAAUAAAGUUUAUAAACAAUUGCGCAAGGACCCGCGAUGCCAUCCUAAAUUGCGCAAAUAUGUGCAAUCCUUCAAGCUCGAUAAAGAGGCUAUUAUACGUCACAUAAUAAUGAACGCCAUGGACGCGGAAUAUGUGGAUUAUGCGGGUAGAUUUACAUUGAUAUUCUUUUCCCAGUUGGGCUGGGCCAACGAGAAGAUAGCUUUUGAAAACGUGAUGCGUAUCACAGCUGAGACGUCGCUAAUUGCACUGAUGUACAUAGAAACGUUUUCCAAAAACACAUUUCUUGUGUUGAUAAUUAAUAUGAUAAUAUUUGCCGAAUACAUCGAACCCUACUUCAUGCUCAUCGACCGAGAGCUAGUCCGCCGCAUACUGCUGGAGACUCUGUCCUCCAUGAAUCAUGUUGUUAGCAGGACGCGCUAUGGUUUUAUGUACAAUCACCUGCUCAAGCAUAUUCAAAAAGAAGAUCUAUCUUCACCGAGAGCGAAGUACUUCGUCGAGAUUACCAAUUGGACGUUUUUAUUCUUGCAAACAUUCAUUCCUCGGACUUUGCCCCUAGACACAGAUUGCACUUGUGAUAAAAAUUCGUAUUGUCAACAUCACAGUUUCCUCAUUGAAAACAACUUCGCAGCGAAGUAUGACGCACACAUGUUCAUAACUGAAUGCCUCAAGUUACCCAUCACAUUAUCGACUACUGAGAUAUAUCGUUGCUUUGAUCGACUAUUACGUAAUUUAUGCUCGGAGUAAUAAAGUUAAUUUCGAUAAAGUAUGGAAAAAUAUCUGCGUAUACCGUAUUUUGGGAUAAUUUAUAAGGUAGAACAUUAUUGUCUUUUUUUACAAUGUUUUAAUCAAAAUAUAUCUUAUUUUCUUUUAUGUACUAAUUAUAUCUUAAUAAAAGCAUUUUGUAAUGAUGAUUAA